AUGAAUAACCAAACGAGUAAUAUUUCAUUUUCAUUACAUGGUAAAUGUUUUAUCAGUCAAACUCAACGUAGUAUAACUAUGCCUGUUUUAAUAAUAUUCGAGCUGCCAUCAUUGAUCUGUUUUCUCAUAAUCUUUUAUUACUUUCUUCAAUUACGUAAAUCAAUGCUUUUUGAUCGUAUCAAUCAUCAUGUUAUUUUAUUGAUAUUGAUCAGUGAUUUUUUGUUAAUUGCGACUGAAUUACCAAUUUCAUUGUAUUAUCUUGCAAUGGGAUAUAUCCAAACAGCAAAGAUAUGUACAUUUUGGAUCUAUUGGGAUUAUACACUUGAAACCACAUCUCUAUUCUUAACCAUGUAUGCAUCUAUUGAACGUUAUCUAUUGGUAUUUCAUAAAAGCAAUUUUUUAAAACGAAAAGUAUUAUUUCAUUUUAUUCCAAUGGUAACUGUUGCUCUUUACAUUCCUGUUCUGUAUAUGUAUCUGAUUGUUCUUGCUCCAUGCGUCAAGAAUCAUCAAUACGAUUUAACUGCAUUUGGUUGUGGUGGCCCGUGUUUUUUUGCCCAGACUUUAGUUAAUAUCUAUGACACCAUUAUUGACACAAUGUUACCCUGUUUUAUUAUAAUAACUUUUAAUCUUUUAAUGAUUGUUCGUUCUAGCGUUUUAAAACGAAGAGCAUUAACAUCAUUAUCAAUCUCCAAUACAUUGAGACGAAAUCGCCGAAUGAUUACACAACUAUUAGCUAUCAGUUUGAUGUGCUUAAUAGCAUGGAUACCUUGGGUUGUUAUAAUCAUUGGGCAAAACUUUUUUGAUUCAUCUUUUGGUGACUGGUUUAUUACUCAUAUUGUUCAUUAUUUACCAUAUUUAACAGCUUCCAUAUCACCAUUUUUAGCCUUAAUCGGUUUGCCAUCGAUCAGACAACGACUGAGAGUAUUAAAGAGGCAAAUGAUAACUGCUAAAAAUACCACUGCUUCAAUCUCAGAAAAUAAAACGGCAACAACAGUAGAAAACCGAAAUGAACCAAUCGUGACUAACUUUAAAUUAAAAAACAUUUCACUUGAUAGCAGUGAUGUUCAAACCACCCGUUUUUAG